AAAUAUUAAGAAUCAAUGUAGUGUUACCAAGAAGCUAUUUAAAUAAAUCCUAAUUACGAUAAAGCUUGGAAUAAUAAAGGUAUUUAAUCGAAAAUAUGAUUAUUUAGGCUUACUAUUAUGCAAUUUCAAGAAAUAUUAAGAGGCAAUUAAGUGCUAUGAAAUGGCUAUUUCAAUUAAUCUUAAUAACGAUAACGCUUGGAAUAAUAAGGGUAUUUAAUAAUAAAGGUCAUUUUUAGGCCAAGUGUUAAAAAUAUUAAAUAAUAAUAUAGAAGCAAUUGUAUGUUUCGAUUAAAUUAUUUUGCAUAACCCUAAUAAUUACAAAGCUUGGAAUGAUAAGGGUAAUUAAUUGUUAAAUGUUAUUAUUAGGCUUAGGAUUAUUCAAUCUGAACUAAUAUUAAGAAGCAAUUAAAUGCUUUGACAAAGCUAUUUCAAUUAACCAGAAAUAUGAUGAUGCAUGGAAUAAUAAGGGUAAAUAUUUUCGUUUAUUAAUUAAGGUUUGACGCUAAAAAAAUUAAAAUAAUAUAAGGAUGCUAUCUCAUGUUAUGAUGAAGCUCUUUCAAUUUCCAUUAAUCCAAUAAGAUUAAGAGGAAAAGGUACACAAAUGCAAUUUAUUGUUAGCUGAUUCGCUAUUUGAAAUUGGGAUGAAAUCAGAAGCUAAAUAGUUCUAUUUAGCUGCAUUAGAACAGGGAUCUAAUGAAAGCAAUUACAUUAAGAAAUAGCUAUCAAAGAUAUGAAG